UAUGAUUACUUUAGAACACUUAGAAACACACUACCAUUUUUUAAAUGUAUUAUAUUCAUUCAGGUAGAACCAACAUUGGAAGCUACAGAAAAAGUAGUUAGGUUCAUAGCAAGACCACAAGAAACAAUAUUUGGAACAAUGUGGACAGUUGGAAAAAAUGAAAAUCAUAAGGAUCCAGCAUAUUUAAAUGUUCCAUUAAUAGUACACAAUGAUAGUACAUAUUUCAAUGAAAGUACUGGUCUUCAAGUAUUUCAUAUGUUGGAAAGGGGCAUUAACUGUAAAGGAGGUUUAAGUACUUUAGUUGAUGGGUUUAAAGUAGCAGAAAUACUAAAAAAGGAAAAUCCAUUACAUUUUAAAAAUCUUACCGAAAUUGAAAUAGAAUCUGAAUAUAUAGAACCGGGUUUUCACUAUAAAUGUACAGGACCAGUUAUAAAAAUUGAUUCUAAAACAAAAGAAGUAUAUCAAAUAAGAUUCAAUAUAUACGAUCGUAGCGCACUACCACCAUCUCGAGUAGAUGAGUUUUACAAAAGUUAUGCUCAUUUAAUAGAAAUAUYAGAGAGAGAAGAGAUGUAUUGGAACCAUUGUUUGCAGCCGGGAACUGUAGUGAUUUAUAACAAUUGGAGAAUGUUACAUGGCAGAACAUCUUUUACAGGGAAACGGAUUUUUGGAGGAUGUUAUAUAUCAAUGACUGAAUUUUUAAGCAAAGCAAGGACAUUAAAAWUAAUAUCAUAAUAUUUAUCACAACAUAAUGUAGUCAAAUUAUUUAGGAAUAAUACUGUUAAGAGGAUAUAAUACUAGCAUUUGUUGUCUUUGUCUUACAAAUGCAUAACAAUACACAUUUAAACUCAGCAGAUYGUGUAGUGUAUAGCUUUGUUAGUUGAAAAAUCAGUGUGAAUCAAUCUUUUAUGAAACUUGAUAAUGAGAACAGUAUCUGUGUUUGUAAAUGAGUUAAUAACCAUAAACAAUAAUUAAGUUUUUAGGUGAGGUAAGAGCAUUUUUAAUUUGUUUUAUAUUAUAAACAUGAAACUUGCUAAAAAGCUGAAGUACCGUAAAAAUACAUAGAUAAUGUUCUUACUCUCAAGUUUCAUAAGAAUAUGAGAUGUCGAUUCACAUUAAUUUUUAAAGUAACAAAGAUACACAUGAUCUGUUGAAUGUAAAUUUGUCAUGUUAUUCACUUGUAAGACAGAGACAACAAUUGCCAAAGUUAGUCUUA